UCAAAAAUAUCCCACUUAGUAAAGCCCUGUUUAUCCAUCUACUGAUCAGAGAUAAUAAACCAUGUUGAAACAGUAGGUUUGUCUGUGGAGUCCUCCCUUCAGAGGUUUAUUUAGGCCUUACAGUGUGGACCCCAUCCCAUAAUCCUCCUGCAGACACACCUGUAGAGGAGGGUAUAAAGACCCUGGCCUGCACUCAGACAAACAUCAGGCUUCAAGGAGUCUCUCCACAGCAGCUCCCCACAGAAGCACCAUAGCCUCCAGACUGACCCUGAAGAUGACUCUCUCUGCCAGCCUGCUGCUGCUGCUCCUGCUCGGCCUCUCUCAGGCUCAUCCUCUCCAGGAGGAAGGAGUCGAAGAAGACACCGUCGACAUCACCACAAGGAUUCUUACUUCCAACAAUGCCACCAAUGAGAUCCUGCUGGAAGGAGAUCUGCUAGCUCCCAGAACCAGAAACGCCAUGAUGUGCUGGUCCCAGAGCUGCCUGUGGAAAAAAGCCUCCAAUGGAUAUGUGAUGAUCCCCUUCACCAUGAGCAAUGAGUUCACCGGCUGGGAGAAGCAGAAGAUCGACAAUGCCAUGAAGUCCUUCCACAGCAGUACCUGCAUCCGCUUCGUCCCCCGUCAGAACGAGUACGACUACAUCAGCAUCGAGAACAGAGGCGGAUGUUUCUCUGCUCUGGGCAGAGAGGGAGGCAGACAGGUGCUGUCUCUCAACAGACAGGGCUGCCUCUACCACGGCAUCAUCCAGCACGAGAUCAACCACGCUCUGGGCUUCCAGCACGAGCAGACCAGGAGUGACCGCGACUACUACGUCAAGAUCAACUGGGAGAACAUCGACCCACAGAUGGCCUACAACUUCUACAGGCAGUCUACCAACAACCUCAACACUCCCUACGACUACUCCUCCAUCAUGCACUAUGGAAGAACAGCCUUCUCCAUCCAGUACGGAAUGGAAACCAUCACCCCCAUCCCAGAUCCCAACGUCCAGAUCGGCCAGAGGCAGGGCAUGUCCUACUGGGACAUCAGGAGGAUCAACACACUCUACGGCUGCUAACUACAAUGCUGAUGCCAAAUGUCACAAAUUCACACCAUGUUUAUGUUUGAUUUUCUGGAAUUAAUUAAGAGCAGAAGCACAACAGAUUAUAUGACCUCCAACAUAU